AUAAAAAUGUGUUGUGCUCUUUUUUUUCCUAGGUGUCCACUGUUCAUGUUUGUUAGGACAAAUGUGGAGAGCACCUGGUGGCAUGAACAUCUCUCUGAAGAAAACAUUCAGCAUUUAAAAAAAUUGGUUCCUGAAGAAUAUAAAUUAAUGACCAACAGAAAAUCUUGCCCACUAAAAGAUGAGCCAUGGCCCAGGUUACCUUGGGUGCCAGGCACUCGGAGGGUUGGACUUGUUGCAGUGAAGUUGGGGAUGAUGCCUUUGUGGACGAAAGGGGGUGAGAAACAUGCAGUCACGUUACUUCAGGUUCAAGAUUGUCAUGUUGUAUCAUAUACACCGAAAGAAAAAUAUGGUGGCAAGAGGCCUGCAUUGGUAGUUGGUGGCAAAAAUGCAUCACCGUUUAAAAAACCGGGGUUUGUUAUGGAAAAGUACAGGCUAGCAGGGAUACCUCCGAAACAGAAAAUCUCAGUUUUCAGGGUGUCUGAAAAUGCUAUUAUUAAACCAGGUACUCCGUUGUAUGCUGCUCAUUUUCGGCCAGGACAGUACGUGGAUGUCACAGCAAAAACAAUUGGCAAAGGUUUUCAGGGAGUUAUGAAAAGGUGGGGAUUUAAAGGCCAGCCUGCAACUCAUGGACAGACGAAAACCCAUAGAAGGCCGGGAGCAUCAGGCCCUGGGGGUGACCCUGCCAGAGUUUUUCCUGGGAAGAAAAUGCCUGGAAAAAUGGGGAACGUCUAUAGAACAGCAUUUGGAUUAAAGGUCUGGAGAGUGAAUACAAAAGAGAAUAUCCUUUAUGUUCAUGGAUCAGUCCCAGGACACAAAAACUGCCUUGUGAAGGUCAAUGACACUACAUUGCCUACUCAUCAGCAAGACAAUGAGAAUCCACCAUUCCCAACAUACUUUGCUGAUGGCGAUGAAGAACUGCCUGAAGACCUGUUUGAUGGCGCAGUAUUUCAGUUCACUGAGCCCUCUAUCAUCAUCUCCUGAUGUUUGACACUGUCGAGGUGUUCUGUUGGCAGCUACUCAUCCUCCAGAUGUCCUGCCUUAACUUUGUUUCGUUUCAGAGACCGUUCUUCCACGUAUUGACCCGUGCCGCUGAGCUGUCGGGUGAGGUGUAAGGGGAAAGAAACUCAAUUGACAGGGAAAACCUGACCACCAAAUGAAUAAGUUUAAGAAGAAUGUUUGGAGGCUGUUAGUUCUAACUGUGCAUGGGAUUAAUUUGAUGGCCCAGAAUAUUCCACGAUUUUCAGCAGCAUGAGUUUGUCAGAGGGACCUGGACAACAUCAUGAAAGAGAAAAAAAAGUUCUGCCAAACUAUGAAGGUUUUAUUCUUUUGUAACUUAGAGCUGUAAUUUAUGCAGUCCAUACUAUCCAAGUUAUGUGAAAUAUAGAUACCAAGGGAGGCCACCUCUGGCUGAAAAUAUAUGUAUGAAUUAAAAUAUUUGUAGAAAAUAA